AUGCCCCGGCCGUUCCUCAUCGUGCCGCUGUACAUGUACCCUCUCGAGGCCGCGUGGGAACCGCUCUUCCGCGCAGCCCGCAGCCAUCCCGACGUCAGCUUCGUCGCCAUCGUCAACCCCAACAGCGGGCCGGGACCAGACUCUCUCCCCGAUGCCAACUACCUGGCUGCCCUGCAGGAAAUGCACGGCGUGGCCAACAUUUGCGCCCUUGGCUACGUCUUUUGCAGCUAUGGCGAGCGUCCCGAGGCUGCUGCACGUGCCGACAUCGCCAGGUACUGUCGAUGGAGCCGCCACGGCAACAUCUCCCUCGCCGGCAUCUUCUUCGACGAGACGCCAUCCCAACUUUGGCGCCUGACGUACAUGGCUAGUCUUGCGCACUACAGCAGGCUGACGUGGCGCCAGGAAACAGGCAAGGACGGCGUCGUCAUCUACAACCCAGGCGUCGUCGUCCCCCGUCCCUUCUUUGCACAUGCAGACUUUGUCGUCGUCUUUGAGCAGUCUCACCAUCACUGGGACGCAACCUUAGCACCUCGGGGCCUGGCACGCGCCCCAGUCGAGGUUCGCUCCAAGACGGUAGCCGUGAUCCACUCCAGCCAGGCGGGGGCCGCCCAGGUGGGGGACUUGACGAGAUAUGUCCUGUCCCUAGGCCUAACCGGCCUCUUCGUCACGGACCAAAAGGACGGUGGCUAUACGCAGUGGCCGUCGCUGUGGACGGAACUAGCGGCCGCCAUGGCAGCCGAGUGCUCGCAAGCUGCGACUCAGUCUUGUGCGCGCCCCCAAGAUCAUCACCAAGCUUGGUCCGGCUAG